UUUCAAAAAAUUUACAGUAUUUGUAUUAAAACAUUGAUCUACUAGAAAGUACGUACAGCAAUACCAUUCGCUCAGUAUACAUACGGUUCACCUGGCUAGUGGCCAGUCACAAUUUACAAACAGUGACUUAUUGCUCGUAUGCGUGAAUCCGUGAGUUAACCACCAACAGUGAUCUCCCUGCCAACCUGCAAUGCCGCACCUGCUUCAAGGUGCUUUUCCGAGCCAUUCCCUGUGACAAUGCAAAGCGCCGCCGUCCAUCCAUCAAUGUCUCACGAGCUCGAUCUCGCUGCGUCGUCGUCCCGACCGAUCAGAUCAAUCCAUGCACGCGGCCGCUGGAUUCAUCGGUUCAACUCCCAACCUACCCUGCCUAGCUGUUGGAGUAACUCUUGCUCCGAUCCCCGGCGGCGAGCAGGCUACAUAUAUUCGAUCGACCGACGAUGAUCGGAGAGCAUGCCUGUAGCAAGCAGUCUCGAGAUCGAUCGAGGUCGCACGCGGUGGCCGGCCGGUCGCCGGAGAUAAUAAUGGGCUACGACGUCGGGAGGAGGCUCGCGCUCGCGGCGGCGGUGGCGGCGGUGGCGUUCUGGGCGGCGGAGACGCGGGGCGCGGCCGCGUGGGGCGGCGCGGCGCGGCCGGCGGCGCCGUGCAUGUACAUCUUCGGGGACUCGCUGGUGGACAACGGCAACAACAACGACAUCCUGAGCCUGGCUCGCGCCAACUACCGGCCCUACGGCAUCGACUUCCGCGAGGGGCCCCCCGGCCGCUUCACCAACGGCCGCACCAUGGUCGACUUCCUCUCCGACAUGCUCGGUCUCCGCCCGCCGCUCGUCCCGCCCUACGCCGCCGCGCGCCCCGCCGACCUCCCCCGCGGCGCCAACUUCGCCUCCGGCGCCUCCGGCAUCCUCCCCGACACAGGGAACAACCUGGGCGGGCACUACCCGUUGUCGGAGCAGGUGGAGCACUUCCGCGAGGCGGUGGGCGCCAUGGGGAACGCGUCGGCGUUCCGGGGCAACGCCACGCGGCUGGAGGAGCACCUGGGGCGGUGCAUCUUCUACGUCGGCAUGGGCAGCAACGACUACCUCAACAACUACUUCAUGGCCGACUACUACGACACCGCGGCGCGGUACAGCCCGCGGGACUACGCCGCGCUCCUCCUCCAGGGCUACGCCGCCCAGCUCGCCGAGCUCUACGGCCUCGGCGCCCGCAAGUUCGUCGUCGCCGGCGUCGGCCUGAUCGGCUGCAUCCCCUACGAGCUCGCCAGGAUGAACAGCAACGACAGCCAACCGUCGUCGUCCGGGCCCGACACAACCCCCUCCGUCGGCGGUGAAGACAUCUCUAUAUCCAUCGGCAUCGGUGGCGGCGGCGGUUUCGGCAGCGGCGGCGACGGCGGCGUGAGGUCAUCGCCGACGUCGUCAAACACGAGCGGCGGCGGCGCCGCCGGCAACGCGAAGCCGACGCCGCCCGACGGCGCCGCCGGCGCGUGCAACGAGACGAUCAACAGCGCGAUCGCCAUCUUCAACCGGGGCCUGCUGGAGAUGGUGAAGCGCUUCAACAGCCGCGGCGGCGGGCCGCAGCCGCAGCAGAUGCGCGGGGCGCGGUUCGUGUUCCUCGACACCGUGCAGAGCGGCAGGGACCUCGCCGCCAACGCCGCCGCGCACGGGUUCGCGGUGCUGGACCGCGGCUGCUGCGGCGUGGGGCGGAACAACGGCCAGAUCACGUGCCUGCCGCUGCAGCGGCCUUGCGACGACCGGGGCGCCUACCUGUUCUGGGACGCCUUCCACCCAACGGAGGCGGCCAACAGGAUCUACGCCGCCAAGGCCUUCGCCUCCAACAACACCGCCGAGGUCUACCCCAUCAACGUCAGCCAGCUCGCCGCCCUGUGAAUGAAGAAUGAACAUGUCUCGUCGGCUCCAAACCUCAAAAAGAUUAUUCGUCCAAUAAUUCCGAUUUUCAUACAUGUGUAUGUGCUUGUUUCAGAGAACUAGUUUGCUGGUCCACUGAAUAUAUUGACAAAUAAUCUAGAACUGCUUUUAUGUCAAGUUGAA